AUGGGUUGCUCAAGAUCAUUGAUUUUGUUCAUUAAUCUUGCUAUUACCUCAAACCUUGUUGCUCUCAUCAUAGCCCAAGAUGAUGAUGCCUCAUGCACAGAAAGAGCUGACUACUGCUGGAAAUGCACUGAUGGUGCCACCUACACACCAGGUGACAUGUACCAAGUGAACCUCAAGAGCCUCCUCUCCUCCUUCUCCUCCAACACCCAAAACAAUUAUGGCUUUUACAAUUCAUCAAUGGGAAAACACCCCAACAAUGUCAAUGGAAUUGCAUUAUGCAGAGGAGACCUCUCACAGGACCUUUGUCAGGCUUGUCUCAACACGUCUAUUGGUAGGGUCCUGCAAACUUGUUCAACUCAGAAGGAAGCAAUCUUUUGGGCAGAGCGUUGUAUGGUGAGAUACUCAUACAACUUGAUAUAUGGUAUUGAGAAACAGUACCCUGUUAAGUAUGUGCCUGGAGCAGAGUUUCUCGAUAAUCCUCAACCGUUUCAGCCGGUGCUUGACUACUUGUUGCAUAAUUUAAGUGACAGAGCUGCAUCAUCUCUUAAAAAAUUUGCAGCAGGGCAUGCAACUGUCCCAGGAGCUGAAACUAUAUAUGCACUUGUUCAGUGCACUCCAGACAUAGACAAGAAAAAUUGCAGCAAUUGCCUUAAAGAGUCCAUCUUAGAGAUUGAGAGAUGUUGCGGUGGAAAAAAAGGAGGAAGAGUUCUUAAACCCAGCUGUAGUUUCAGGUAUGAGAUUAAUUCUUUCUUUUUGCCUACAGCCAAUUCAUUAGUAGAUAUUCCAGCUUCAGAUCCAGCACCAGCACCCAAAGAAGAAAAGAAGAAGAGUAACAUAAAACAAAUUGUCAUCACCAUCGUUGUGGUUUUGGUUGCUUUUGUCACUAUUCUCAGCAGCAUAUGCAUUUUCUUAAGACUAACGAAACGAAGGGUAAAACUUGAUGAAGAUGAGAAUUCGAAAGAAAUAAAUUUGGUGGAAUCGUUGCAAUAUGAUUUUGAAACUAUAAGAUCUGCAACAGAUGACUUCUCUGAUGCAAAUAAGCUUGGACGAGGUGGAUUUGGAGCUGUUUACAAGGGUAGACUAUUAAAUGGGCAACCUAUAGCCGUGAAAAGGCUCUCCAAAUAUUCUGAACAAGGUGAUCGUGAAUUUAAGAAUGAGGUCAUGUUGCUUGCUCUGCUUCAACACCGGAAUUUAGUAAGGCUCCUAGGAUUUUGCUUGAAAACAGACGAAAGGCUUCUCAUUUACGAAUACGUGCCUAACACAAGUCUUGAUCACUUCAUUUUUGACACAAACAAUCAUGAGCAUUUGGAUUGGGAAACACGUUACAAGAUCAUAGGAGGCAUUGCACGAGGGAUUCUUUACCUUCAUGAAGAUUCUCGGGUUCGAAUUAUUCAUCGCGAUCUCAAAACCAGCAAUAUUUUGUUAGAUGAAGAUAUGAACCCCAAAAUUGCUGAUUUCGGAAUGGCAAGACUGUUUGCUAUUGAUCAAACUCAAGGAGAUACAAGGACAGUUAGGGGAACCUAG